CACUUUUUCCGAUUACAGGGCAGGUUAUUAAAGAAAGCACACCCGACUGCGUGCCGAACAUAACCGCAGAGUAGAACGAAGGAGUGCUGAGGAGAGAAGUCAACCAACAGAAGAACCCAACUUUACGACUAACAGGUGACAGAGGAUGUCCAGAGCUGACUGGUCCUUCCUGGAGCACCUGUUGGAGGAGGGGCAGGAGUAUAGCACCGGGGUGGGCCGCGUCUGGCUAACUGUCCUCUUCCUGUUCCGCAUGUUAGUCCUGGGCACUGCCGCAGAGUCAGCCUGGGACGACGAACAGGUCGACUUCGUCUGUAAUACCAAGCAACCUGGAUGUACCGCGGUGUGUUACGACAAAGCGUUCCCCAUAUCACAUUACCGCUAUUUUGUCCUCCAGGUGAUUUUUGUUUCCACACCGACUAUUUUUUACUUCGGAUAUGUGGCCAUGGGGGCUGCAAAGGAGAAAAAAAAAAAGGAGGAAGAUGAGGAGGAGAGGACGGUGGAGGGUGGGGGCGGUGAGGGACGAGAGAGGGGAGGAGUAAAGAAGAACGGAGAGAAGAAGAGGGAGGUGAGAAAGGGGGAUGAGAUAGAAGAACUAGAGGAGGAGAAAAGAGGGAGGAAGGAGGUGACAGCUCUCCCGGAGGUUCCUAAGCUAAAGGGCCGUCUCCUCUGCGCCUACGCCGCCAGCAUCCUCCUCAAGGUCCUCCUGGAGGUGGGCUUCAUCGUGGGGCUGUGGUGCCUCUACGGCUUCGUGAUCCCGGCCCGGUUCGAGUGCGUCCGGGACCCCUGUCCUCACACGGUGGACUGCUUCGUCUCCAGACCCACGGAAAAGACCAUCUUCACCAUCUACACCCAGGCCAUCGCUGGAGUCUCUCUCCUUCUCAACUUAGCAGAGCUCCUCCACCUCCUUCAGCUGGCCAUCACCCACCGCCUAGAAAAACGUUAUGCACAGGAGCAGUACACCUUUCCUGGCAUAGCCGUGGUUCCAAUCCGGCCUGGUGCUCCAAGCCUGGAGAUGGAGAUGCAGCAAGCUCUGCCUUAUCAGGAGAAGAGCCAUCUGUAUUUACCCAUGGGGGAGGCCGGCUACGCCAAGCCCAGUGAGAGUUAUCUGGACCUGGGGUCCAGAGAAGGGAUGGACCCUGGUGGUGACAUUCUCCCCAGUUAUUUGAACUGUAUGGGGGCGAUAAGGACUACACACUCUUCAGGGAGAACUCACCCUAAGAAAUACAACACACAACACACACACAGUAAGGGUGCCCAGAAGGGACACAGUAACAAACACACUAAGCAUUAUGUAUGAGGAAACCAGAGAGGUUUGGUUCUGUGAAUAGGAAUAAGCCAUGUGUCCACUACAGACUGAUACAGGCACCUUCGGGGGGGGGGUUGGAAUGCACAAGAAUAAGGAAACACUUUACUUGACACCCUGCGUCAUAACACUGUCAUAACCAUGUCAUAAUAUGUCAUAACAGCUGACAAAACUUGUCAUAACCUGUUAUAAUAUGGUCAUAACACUGUCAUAAUAUGUCGUAACAGCUGACAUAACUUGUCAUAACCUGUUAUAACAUGGUCAUAACACUGCCAUAUUGUCAUAACAGCUGAUAUAACUCAUCAUAACCUGUUAUAAUAUGGUCAUAACACUGUCAUAAUAUGUUAUAACAGCUGACAUAACUUGUCAUAACCUGUUAUAAUAUGGUCAUAACACUGUCAUAACACAUUUAGACCUGUUGUGACAUUGUGUAUAUUGUGUUAUUUUUAUGGCUGGUUAUGACACCUACAUAAGAGUGUCAAAACACACCACACAAGGCAAAACAUUCCAUUACAUCAUAGCCUACUUAUCAACAGUAUGUUUAUGUUAAUAUAACAUAGAUUAUUUUUUUUUGAAUUGACCAUAUUAAAUUAUCAUUGUAAUUGCACACACAUUGAUGUCAGACAUGCACCUGCCCCAAUGCUCUGUUUCUGAUGACUGGGAUGAAUGUAAGAGCAGAUUUCAGGAGCAGGACUAGACACCCUCUAUUAGACUGAUGACUGACGUAAGGGCAUGUACGUCAUAGGACUAUCUACCUGAUAUGAUUAUGAUGGUCAUAACGCUUCAUGACAGUGUCAUAAAGUGUAUUUUCUACAAGUUGUUUAAAAUAUGAUGAACAAAACAUGACUGUAAAGAAUUCAUUACAACAACAACAAAGGACUUAA